GCUCGUAUUUCGUCCCUUCCACAAACCCCUGCUCAAUCGAGAACAACAUUCCUUUCCCAUUGUUUUAUUUGCGUGGUAAAUGACCAAUCAACAGUUUUGAAAUAAAGUGCUGACAGGCUAAACACGACUCAUAAGCUCGUGGUAGUAUGAAAACGUGACCCUAGAGUUACCGUUUUCCUUCUUUUCUUUCCGUCGCUAAGGUCAUGAAGUGCACGGAGUACUCUAAAAUCUGACUAAAUCUUACUUUGGCCACCCUGAGUCUAACAUUUAUUAGAGGUCAUAAAGCUUUCCCAGUGUUUCAUGCUGAUCGAGUAAUUAUUGUGUUCCAAUGCUGUCAAGGUCAACUUUCCAGAACUUGGAAAGUACAAUGUGAUUGGCUAAGCUUGGGAAAUGAAUGUUGUACUUCGUUGAGCAGGCGUUUUACGGUGGGGAAGGACGAAAUAGCGUGGAAGGCUAAUGGUGGUGGUGCCACAGGCGAAUGUUCAGAUACCUACAGUACAUAUAUAGAGACGUCUCUGGAGAGACAGAUUGGUAGUUGACGAACCAACCACUCGUUACUGGCGAUUGAACUGUAGAUUAUCGUCCUUGGAUCUUCUUUACAGUAUUAAGGUAUCUUGUUCCUUGUAGAUCAAACGAGAGCAAAGCCUAUCCACUGAUUUUGGGAGAUGCUGUUUUUGAAAUCCAUUGCAACAUGACCGUGGCCCCUACUCAAAAUGACACAUGCGGAGUUGGUGGAUGGACACUGAUUAUGAAGAUUGAUGGAAAAAAAGUAUACGCACUUCCAAUAUUGCACGUUUCUUUUUUAAAUAAAGAUCUAGAAACUGACAAUUAUUGUUUUGAUGAUGAUGAUGAUGAUUAAUUUCAUGCAUGAGAUCUGAAAGGACGUACGGGUUUAAAGGGUCGCAAUGUGGAACCGCAAUUUAACCACAACCCAACCGCGAUUUAAGUUAUCUAUUGUUGUAGGAGGCUGGCGUAUCAGUUGUUCUCUACCCAAUUGUGAACUUGAAGUCAUUUAAGGUCACAAUGCCAUUAGACACCUUUCUGUUUCAAUUUUUCUCAUACAAAGCCAUUGAUUCUCGUGGAUAGAGAAACUCGUUAUAACAGAACUUAAUAACAUGUACUUCCCUCCGGAACUGAUUCCAGCGUUACAAAACGUGUGGAUGUGUGACGCCCUUGUCUUCAUUAGACGUUUCUUUUGCACUGUGUGCGCUCUUGUCUGGUUCUUUAUGAAUCACAAAUUCACUUCAAAAAAUAAUGCUCGGUAAUUGAAUGUAAUAAUCCUUGAUUCCGCUGAGAGUGUAAGAGUUGUUCCUAACUGUACCUACGGAGGCAAAAGUCGAAGAGAUUCAGAGUUUAUUGUCUCUUAAGAACGCCCAGUGGAGUCUUGUGAACUUAAAGACGGUUUUUACCAUUGUUUUAUGGCACGUUUGUGCAAUUGACGAUCAAAGGGUGAAAUCCAAAGAGUUCCCAUGAUUCGGUGAAUAACUAAACAUUAUACGGAACGUCUUUCUUUGUAACUGAUUUACCUCUGCUUAUUCUUUCUAUUUUUUCCUCUGAUAGGAUACAUGCUAUCAUUAAUCUCGUUUUUUGAAGGAGGAGGUAGUAGCAUAUAAUCUUUUUUCUAUUUCUCGUUCUUUUUAUAUCACAGAAAACAUUUCACUACAAUGCACACAUUUGGAGCAACAAAGAAACCUUUAAUCUUAUUGGAGGAAAGACAGGGUUUGAUUCGCAAGAGACCAAGCUUCCCUCUUACUGGAACACAUCCUUCUCCAGGAUCUGCCUCGGUAUGAAGAUCAGAGACAACCAGCCCAAAUUUAUUGUUAUCAACAAGCGGGCGAACUCCUUGUACUCUUUGAUCUCUGAUGGGAAAUACCGCAGCACCUCACUGGGUCGUGAAACGUGGAAGUCGCUGAUUGGUUCUGAGGCCUCCUUGCAAGACAACUGUAACAGGGAAGGAUUUAACACCAAGAGUGACCGUGAAAAAGACAGCAAAGCAAGAAUCGGUAUCCUUUUUAACAAUGAAAACGAAUGCAAAUCCUGUGAUUCCAGGAUCGGGUUUGGUACUGGUGGAUAUCCCGACGACUCCAACACAUGUGGAAAUGAAGCACUAGCUGAGUACGAGGCUGAUAAUGGCAACAAGCACAUUAAGGCCAUGGGGUACAUCUUGGUGCAGUGA